CUGUGCGAGUGCAAAUUAACCAAAAUCUACAUUUCCGGCUGCCUGUCCCCAAACCCACUCCAUCCCCCCACCCCCCGUCGCUUCAGGAGCAACAGCAUCAACGCCAACUAUCGCCUGCUCGCUCGCACGCACAAUUGGCAACCGGCAGCGUUACCGUUACCGUUAGCGGGCCAAGUGGAAGCCAGAGUCACCCGGUUUUGAGUUCGAGCUGCUUGCUGGGAAGGCCUCACACACACGUUUUUACACACACACAUCUACACUGGAUUCAUGUUGAAUUUUCAUAUCAUAGCGGGCAUAAAAAGGCUUAACACUGGACCGGAAGCGUGUUUUUAAAGGGUGAUGGCGGCCUCCACUCAAGGAGAAAUACGAGUGGGUCCCGGCCACCAGGUAAACGAUGUCUAUGCAAAACUGCCCGAUUAUAAUCCAAUCUCAAGCUUCCCCGUUGACAAGGAAACCGAUGAACGUGAACUAGAGGAAACAAGAUGGAGUCCUGGCGUUGUGGCCGAUGGCGACUUGUUAAUGUUUCUGCGUGCGGCACGCUCCAUGGCUGCAUUUCAAGGAAUGUGUGAUGGCGGUUUAGAAGACGGUUGUUUGGCUGCCAGUCGCGACGACACAACAAUUAACGCACUAGACGUGCUGCACGAUUCUGGCUACGAUCCAGGCAAAGCUCUACAAGCGCUCGUAAAGUGCCCCGUAUCAAAGGGCAUUGACAAGAAGUGGACCGAGGACGAAACGAAAAAGUUCAUCAAGGGUCUACGACAAUUUGGCAAGAAUUUCUUUAGGAUCCACAAGGACCUGCUGCCACACAAAGACACACCGGAGCUGGUCGAGUUCUACUAUCUGUGGAAGAAGACGCCCGGUGCCAACAAUAAUCGCCCGCAUCGGCGACGCAGACAGAGCGCCUUGCGUCGCAAUCGUGUUACGCGCGCCAACAAUACACCUCCCAAAAAGGAGGACACCCCGGAACCACAAGCUGCGACGACGGCGACGGCGGCGGCGUCGGCUGCAGAGACGGCGAAUCGCUCAUCGCCCGCUGUCUCCAAGGAGGAGAACAGUUCUCUAACCGAGGACGACGCCAGCGAGUGUGACAGUGAUUCGAGUCUGACCAACAAAAGGGAUGAAUCACCCUCAAGGAUGAGGACGAGAAACAAACAACAGAACAACAACAACAACAACAACAGCAGCAGCGCCAGUGCAGCUGGUGGCGGUGGCAACUCCGCUGCUGCUGCUACUGCUGCCUCCUCCGUCAACGCUUCUGCCAACAGCAGCUCCGCCAAGGAUCAAUCCUCGGGCUCAGCGAGCAACAACAGCAACGCCGUGGCGAACGGCAAGCGACCCAAACGGGGCUCCGAUACACCGGAUGCUGCCGCUGCCGCAGCAGCCGCUGUUGCCGGCGACAGUCCCAAAACGCCCACCAAGAGCGUGGCCGAGGGAUCCGGCAAUAAGCGCAAGGGCGGCAAGCAGGACACGCCCAACAAGAAGAAGCGCACCGAAACGGAUACCAAUAACAGCAGCAGCGAGCAGGCCAACAACAGCACCGAGGACAACAUCAAGGAGAAGCAGCGCAAGCGACCGGACAGUCCAGUCGAGAGCAUGAACUCCGACAGUCGUCCCGACUCUGUUCUGGACGAUGGCGAGUCGAAUACAACAGACACGGAUGGCCGCACAGCGGAGCAGCAGUCCAGCAAGGACAGCAAGGAGAUCAACUGCAAGGAGGAGAGCGGCGCUGUGACGCUGUCCGGCGAUCUGGACUCCAAGUCGGAGGUCAAUGAGAAAUCGAUCAAAACCGAAACGUCCUGCGCGGAAGACAACAAAGAUGCCAUCAAGAACAUGGAUGAGGAGACCAAUAUUCAAGCGCCCAGCAGCAUACAGCCACUCAGCAUCAAGCCCACGCACGUGGAUGGUCUGCUAAAGGACUCCAGCUCCUUGGAGGCACCACAAGCUGCUGUUGCGGUUGCACCGAUUGCAAUGAAGGUGCCCACAAUUGCCACCGUCGAGGCGCUCAAUGCCUCUGUCGACCGUGAUCGCAAGGAAGCCAUUGAGAAAAUGGAGAUAUGUGAGAAUGAAGCGGCUGCACGUGAUCCCGAUCUGCUCAAGAAGCUCGCUAGCAUCAAGCAGGAGACAUUGCCUCAGCAGCAGCAGCAGCAACAACAACAACAACAACAACAACAACAGCAGCAGCAACAACAACAACAUCAGCAGCAGCAACAGCAACAGCUGGGUGUGCCGCCAGUGUCAGCUGCCUCGGGGCCCAUGCAGGAGGCUGUUUACAUUAAAAAGGAGCCCAUGGAGGACUCGAUGGACGCCACAUGCAAUCAAAACAGCAACGAGCCGCAGGAUCUCAAGGUUAAAAUCGAAAUCAAAAACGAGGAUCUGAAAAUAAAUGCCAGCGGUCUGCCACCAGUCAGUUCCGCGGCGCCGCCGCCCAAUGCCCAACUUGCUGGCCUGCAUCAUGGCGCCGUGGAUGGUGUCAAUGCGGAGCCACUGCAUCUACAGCAUAUGCCACAUGGACCAACGCCGCAGGCGCCCGCCGGUUAUCUAAUCGACGGGCAGCUUAAGUAUGGACCACCCGGGCAACCGCCUCCACAGCCGCCGCCGCAGCUGCACAGUGAUCCGGGCAGCGGUGGGGUAGCGAGCGCAACGCCUCAGAAAUAUCCUGGCGAUAUGGAAAUGAAGUACAACGAGGCGGCCGUCAAAUUUGAGCCCAGCAGCGGUAAAUUUGCGCCACAGGAGCUGAAGUAUCCGGUGCCACCGCAACUGGAUCCGCUCAAGUACAGCCAGGAGAUUCAGGCAGCGGCUGCCGCUGCGGCAGCUGUGGGCAAAUACGACAUGAAGUACAUGAUCGAGCAGCAGGGCAAGUACCCGGUGGAGCUGGCACCGCCCAAACCGGGCUACCAGGAGGCGCUCAAGAUACCCGAUGUAAAGCCGGGCUUUGCCCAUCUGCCGCACAACAUUGGCCCGUCGUUGGACGGACCCGGUUCGCACAAAUAUGCGCCGUCAGCUCAGCCCGGCCAGCCGAUGGAUCAGCAGCCGCCGGGCGCGACACCACCGCCCGGCAUUGCCAUGCCCAAGCCGCAUUAUCAGCACGAUGUGCAGACGCCACCGCUGGGGCGACCCUUUGAGCCCGCAGGCCUCAUGCUCAAGUAUGGUGAUCCAUUGGCCGGCAAAUAUGGGCCGCCACAGCCGCAGGAUCUCAAGUAUCCGAUGCCGCCCGUGUCCGCUGCCGGCGGCGAGAAUCUGAUCAAAGCCUCGCCAUAUGGCCCGCCGCCAGAGAGUCCCAUUGACGCCUCGGCGCGCUCCACGCCCGGCCAGGAUAGCCAGGGCAGCAAUAGCAAUAGCAAUUCGCAGCCGCCAUCCUCACAGCCGCAGCAGUUCCAGUCGCCGCAUCCCUCGCCGCACAUGCCUUCGCCAGCUGGCGGCGGUUUGCCACCUGGCAUGCAUCCACAAAAUCUCAUCUCCCCGCACAGCCAUGGACCGCCGCCGAAUAGUGGCGCCGGUUCCGGUCCAGGUCCACAGCCGCCAACGUCGCUGCAUCAGCCGAUUAGCAGCACAAUGUCGGGUCAGGGUGGACCGCCCAGUCUGCAGCAUGGACUGCCGCCGGGCCCGGGUGGCCCACACGCACAAAUAUCGGUCGCCAAUUCGCUGUCGGGCGUCGUCUCAUCGCUGGGCGCGCCCACGCUUUCCACAAUGGCGCCCUCGCAUCCCAUGCACCCGCACAUGCAUCCGCACCAGCAUCCGCAUCUGCAGUCGCUGCAGUCACUGCACCGACCGCAUCCCGAUCUGCCGCCAUCCAUGCAUCCGCAUGCGCCCAUGGCCAUGUCGCUGCAGGCGCCAGGUCCGCCGCCACCGCACAGCCACGGCCAUCCGCUGGCGCCCGGCCACGGACAGCAGCAGCAGCAGCCAGGACCGGGUGGUCCAGCUGGCACAGUACGCACGCCUUCGCCGGCGCAGCAGCAACAGCCGCCGCCGCGUAGCCUGCACGAGCCGCUGCCAACAUCGCGUGAGCCGCCCGCCUCGCACACAUCGACGGCGCCAACGGGGUCGAUAAGCGGCCUGAGCUCCGGGCCGGGACAGGGCCAGGGACCGGGACCAAUGCCACAUCAGUCACCGCACGCGCAUCGCACAUCACCGCUGCCGGGUCUGGCGCAUCCGUCUGGCCUCAUAGGCCAUCCGAUGCCCAUACAUCCGCACUUGGCGCACCUGCCACCGGGUCAUCCGGCGCACGCAGCGCUCGCGCAUCCCGGCCAUCAUCUGCUCUCGCAUUCGAUAGCAGGGCUGAGCCAUGGCGGCGGUCCCAUUGCGCUCUUGGCGGGUCCCGGUGGACUGGGUGGCCUGCCCGAGUCGGCGCUCAGUCGACGCACACCGCCUAGCCAUCUGUCGCACCCGCAUGCCUCGUCAGCGCCCUCGACGCCGCACUCGGUGGCCAUCUCGACGAGCAUGUCGCUGACCACCACACCCAAUACGGUGCCAUCGUCCGCCUUUAGUCGCGCCAGUCCCAGCGUGCAACUCUCCAGCGGUUCCGCUCCAGCUGGCCCUGGCGGCAACAGCAACAGUGGCACGCCGAACAACUCGUCCGCAGCUGCCGCUGCUGCGGCCGCGGCCGCUGCACAUCGCGCCGCCUCGCCCGCUUCCAGUGUGGGCAGCCUGAGUCGCCAGAGUCCGCUGCAUCCUGUGCCGCAAUCGCCGCUGAGUCAUCAUCCCUCAUCGUCGGCGUUGUCCGCCGCGGCGGCGGCCGUUGCCGAACGGGAUCGGCAUGCGCUGAUGCGCCAACAGUCGCCGCAUAUGACGCCGCCGCCAGUGUCCAGCGCAUCGGGUCUGAUGGCCAGUCCGCUCAGCAAGAUGUAUGCACCGCAGCCGGGUCAGCGAGGAUUGGGUACUUCGCCGCCGCCGCAUUUGCGACCGGGCGCCUCGCCGCCGGUUAUACGCCAUCCACAGAUGCCGCUGCCGUUGCCGUUGAUUGCACCAGGCGGUGGCAUACCGCAGAUUGGCGUGCAUCCUGGUCAGUCGCCGUAUCCGCAUCCGUUGCUACAUCCCUCGGUCUUCUACUCGCCGCACCAUCACAAUCCCUUCAACUCGCCGUACGGCUAUGCGCCCUAUGGGCCUGGCUUCCCUGCCUAUAUGAAGCCGCCGCCACCAGCCGGUCCACUGGAUCCCGCCGCUGUGAUGGCGGCCCAUCAUGCUGGAUUGUCUGGUCCGCCGCCGCAAUCGCGUCAGGAUGAACAGAAUGCAGCAGCUGCCGCCGCGGUGGCUGCUGAAAAGCAACACGCGGCGGCAGUAGCCGCUGCUCAACAGCAACACAAGACGCCGCAGCAGCAGCAACCUGGCGGUCCGCAACAGAAUAAGCCGCCGACGCCAAAGACGCCGCAGGGACCUGGUGGCAUGAGUGUCGGCAUGGGCGGGCCAGGCACGCCAACAGGUCUGCCACCUGGUGCCUAUCCGGGCUCUCACCUGGCCGGCUAUCCGCCGCCGCCGCACUCGUCGCCGUUUGCGCCGCAGGAUGGACAGCAGCAUGGCAUGAAACCGACCUCGCACAUGGAUGCGUUGCGAGCGCACGCGCACUCGGCCAACUCUGCGGGCAUGGGCGGUGGACAUCAUCCGACAGAGCCAUUGCCCAUUGACAUUGAGCCGGAUCCGGAGCCGGAGAUACCUAGCCCCACGCACAACAUACCGCGCGGUCCCAGUCCCGAGGCGAAGCCCGACGAUACCGAAUGCCAUCGCUCGCAGUCGGCCAUCUUUGUGCGGCACAUCGAUCGCGGCGACUACAACUCGUGCACGCGCACGGAUCUGAUCUUCAAGCCGGUGACCGACUCGAAGCUGGCGCGCAAGCGUGAGGAACGCGACCGUAAACUGGCCGAAAAGGAGCGCGAGAGAAGACAGCAGCAGCAACAACAGCAGCAGCAACAACAACAGCAACAGGCAGCUGCCGCACAACAGGCUGCACAGCAGGCGAAGCUAAAGGCCGAGCUGAAGCCGCCGUAUGCGGACACGCCGGCGCUGCGUCAAUUGUCGGAAUACGCGCGUCCACAUGUCGCCUUCAGUCCUGUUGAGCAGAUGGUGCCUUAUCAUCAUCCAAUGGGCCCCAUGUAUAGCCGAGAGAGAGAAUUGGAGGAGAUUAAAAAUGCACAAGCGGCUGCCGCGAGUCAAUCGCGACUGGAUCCACACUGGAUGGAAUACUACAGACGUGGCAUACAUCCCUCACAGUUUCCGCUGUACGCGAAUCCGGCCAUUUCACAAAUGGAACGCGAGCGCCUGGGCAUACCGCCGCCGCAUCAUGUUGGCAUGGAUCCGGGCGAGCAUAUGCCGCAACCACCGGAGGCCGGUUUCCAACUGCCACCGAAUGUUGGGCAAUAUCCGCGCCCAAAUAUGCUUAUACCUAGGGAGCCGCACUCGGACGUUUUGCUGCGUAUGUCGUAUGCGGAUCAGCUACAGUAUUUACAGGCCGCCGAGUUUCAACGUCAAUCGCUGCACGAUCAGUACUUUAGACAACGGCCCAGAUAAGUGGACUAUUGGCCAGGCAGACAGAAUCCCAAAAGCAACUGAACAAA